GAGGAGGCGGCAAGCGGGCGGACGGUCGCAGGCCGGAGAGAAAGCGAGACAGAGAGGAGGAAGGCAGCCGCGGCCGCUCCCCCCAGCCCCCGCGGACAUCGGGCUCUCUUCUCCGCCGGGCGGCUGGUGCCGGCGUCGCUUCUUCUCGCCAUGUCGGUGAAUAUGGAGGAGCUAAGGCACCAGGUCAUGAUCAACCAGUUCGUGCUGGCCGCGGGGUGUGCGGCAGACCAGGCAAAGCAGCUGCUGCAAGCGGCCCACUGGCAGUUCGAGACCGCCCUGAGCACGUUUUUCCAAGAAACAAACAUUCCCAACAGCCACCAUCACCACCAGAUGAUGUGCACACCUAGCAACACGCCUGCCACACCACCCAAUUUCCCAGAUGCCUUGGCCAUGUUUUCCAAGCUGCGCGCCUCGGAGACCCUGCAGAGCAGUAAUAGUCCCAUGACAGCGAUGGCGUGCUCCCCUCCUGCAAACUUCAGCCCCUUUUGGGCCUCGUCUCCACCCAGCCACCAGGCCGCCUGGAUCCCGCCCUCCUCUCCCACAGCUCACAGCCUCCACCACCUCCACCACCCUCAGCCCACAUGGCCCCCUGGGGCACAACAGGGGGCUUCCCAGCAGAAAGCUGUGGCUGCCAUGGAUGGUCAGAGAUAAGACUUUGUGCUGCUGGGGCCCGGGCUGGGGG